AGAGUGCACUGAAGGGGAGGAAAGGCAUUCAUUCGCCCCGAAAGGAGCGGUGGUGAAACUUCAGAGCGGCAGCAGAGGGAGCAGAGCCGACAAGACACACUUUUCUUUCCACAGUCCCCGAAGAAGAAACUUGUGGAGUGGCCGAGGAAUCCAGCACUUCGGAAAGCUCCUGCUGUCGCUAGCCUUUGAGGACCCAGCUUGGUCCAAAGAGAUGGAACACAGAAGUAGCCCCCAGCUUCUCCUCUCCUUUGCACUCCUCUGUAUUCUCUGCUCUCAAGCGCUUGCUUUACCUCCUCUGGGAACAUACUCAGCUAUGAGAUUAGGAAACAGAAUGCCAUUUGAUGGGGCAAGUGAAUCUGAUCAUGCACAAGGUUCAUUAAAACCUGAGGCUGACAUUUUGCAAACUACACUACCUGAGAAUGACAAGUUCUAUUACGAUGUGUACAGAGCUAUGGACAGAAACACAAGACAUGCUGAUGGACUCUUCACAAGUGGCUACAGUAAACUUUUGGGUCAAAUUUCUGCAAGAAAAUAUUUGGAAUCUCUUAUUGGAAAAAGAGUUGGAAAUAACACUCCCCUUGAUGAACAGACCCCACCAGUUAAAAGGCACUCAGAUGCUGUCUUUACUGACAACUACAGCCGCUUUCGAAAGCAGAUGGCUGUGAAGAAAUAUUUGAACUCUGUUUUAACUGGGAAAAGAAGUCAGGAAGAGCUAAACCCAACCAGCCUUCGGGAUGAAACGGACUUGCUUGACCCUGCAUUCUCUGAAAACUAUGACGACGUCACUGUAGAUGACCUCGAGCUUCUGAACCGCCUCCCAUUGAACAUCUGAAGACAACUCAGUAAAAAGAAAAAACCUGCAAAAAAAUCCUAAAGAUGAGAUCAAACUAUUUUUUGAGUUUCUCAUAGUAUUUCAAAGAAAUGA